AUGAAAUGGAAUAAAGAUGCAAAAGAAGGUGUUGCCGUCGCCGGAGGUCAAGGUCAAGGGGAAGCUCUGACACAACUGUCUCAUCCUAACGGACUUUUCGUCAAUACGUUGGGUACCAUCUAUGUGGCAGAUAUGCAGAAUCAUCGAGUCAUGCGUUGGCCUAAAGGAGCAAAACAGGGUACAGUCAUUGUGGGUGGAAAUGGUAAAGGAGCAGGAGCAAAUCAGUUCAAUCAUCCCGUUGGUUUAUCCUUCGAUCGACAAGGCAAUCUCUAUGUCGUCGAUUAUUGGAAUCAUUGUGUUCAAUUUUUUUCAAUUCAAUAA